GAGUCGACUCGGCAGUUGCAUGAUGGGGAGAGACGAGAUUAGUGUUAAUUUUUAAGAAAAACGCGUCGCAACCCAUUGAAUUUUUUAGCCGGGAAAGGAGUAGCCGUUAUAUGGAGCUUUUCGCGCAGUCGAACGGAGUGCCUUGCAUUUCGGUGAAUCCUAAAUACAGCUAAUGGGGAGAGAGAGAGAGAGAGAGAGAGAGAGAGAGAGAGAGAGAGAGAGAGAGAGAUGGAGGAGAAGACUCCGUCAAACAUCUGGAACAACCCGUGUCAUUACUUUCUCUCUCUCUCACAUCGUUCAUUCGAGCUGUUUCUCCGGCAAUUUCUAAGAGCGCCAGCUCUAGAGCAUUAUCCGGUCAUUAGCACCCUUUUCAUUCCCUCACACCCAAAACCCUUACAUUUUGCAGAGGCAUUUGGCAACAAUUUUUGUUCUGGUGCAUCUUGGUAUGAGUGCUUGAUUCAUUUCUGUGACACCCAUAGUUCCAUUUUAACUCCAAAACGCAAUAAAGUACGGUGCAAUAAUGUCCGGCCCACUCUCUCCCAAAACCGCUCCUGAAAGAUUUGACUUUGAAAACUCUGAGGAUGAGAGGAAGACUAGAAUUGGCUCUUUAAGAAAGAAAGCUAUUAAUGCCUCCUCUAAGCUUAGACAUUCUUUAACGAAAAAAGGUAGGAGGAGUAGCAGAGUCAUGUCUGUUGACAUUGAGGACGUGCGUGAUGCGGAGGAGUUGCAGGCUGUUGAUGCAUUCCGUCAAGCACUCAUAUUGGAGGAAUUACUACCCUCAAGACACGAUGAUUAUCAUAUGAUGCUCAGGUUCUUGAAGGCCAGGAAAUUUGACAUUGAAAAAACAAAGCAAAUGUGGACCGAUAUGCUUCAGUGGAGGAAAGAAUUUGGUGCUGACACAAUUAUGGAGGACUUUGAAUUCAAGGAACUAAGUGAAGUCUUGGAACAUUAUCCCCAAGGGCAUCAUGGAGUAGAUAAGGAUGGACGACCAGUGUAUAUUGAAAGAUUGGGCAAAGUAGACGCUACAAAGCUAAUGCAAGCCACAACCAUGGACCGCUAUUUGAAGUACCAUGUACAAGAGUUCGAGAGGACCUUUAUUGAUAAGUUUCCUGCUUGUUCCAUUGCUGCAAAGAAGCACAUUGAUCAAAGUACAACCAUUCUGGAUGUUCAAGGAGUGGGUCUAAAAAAUUUCAACAAGGCUGCAAGGGAACUUGUAGUUCGCCUUCAAAAGAUUGAUGGUGACAACUAUCCUGAGACUCUAAAUCGCAUGUUCAUCAUCAAUGCGGGUUCUGGAUUUAGGCUGCUAUGGAACACUGUCAAGUCUUUCCUUGAUCCUAAGACCACAGCAAAGAUUCAUGUUCUUGGCAACAAGUUCCAGAGCAAGUUGCUGGAAAUAAUUGAUGCUAGUGAGCUGCCUGAGUUUUUAGGGGGCACCUGUACAUGUGCUGAUCAUGGAGGCUGUAUGCGUUCUGACAAGGGCCCAUGGAAGGACCCAGAAAUAUUGAAGAUGGUUCGCAAUGGUGAAGCCAAAUGUACAAGAAAAGAGGACCACAGCACUGACGAGAAAACAAUUUCUGAAGAUGAGAUAGUUUACCCAAAGGGGCAUCACUCAUCCAAUUUGGAUACAGCUCCCGAUGUAGAGGAUGUGAGAUCUCUUUCUCCUGAAAUCCCAAGGGACUACAUAGAUCAUCCACAACUCUCUCCCAUUCAUGAAGAGGUUGUUAAAAACCAAAAGUUCCUCAAGCCUUACAAGUUUGACGACCUCAUACCAAUGGUUGAUAAGUCUGUGGACGCAUCUUGGCAAAGUAUAGUACAGAAUGAUAAGAUUGCCCUCUCUAAAGUGGCAGAUUGUUUUCCCAUGCAUGAUGUUUGCAAGGCUCCUCUUGGAAUUAGCAAUCAAAUCGUAACGGGUCUCAUGGCCUUUGUUAUGGGCAUUGUCACGAUGAUCAGAUUGACUCGCAACAUGCCAAGAAAGCUCACUGAUGCUACCCUCUAUUCUAGUCCAUAUUUCUGUGUUGAUCCAAUGAUGAAACCACACAAGUUACCGGCACCCGCCAUCUCCACUUCAGAUUACUUGUCUGUGAUGAAGCGCAUGGCCGAUCUGGAAGAAAAAGUCAUUGCUAUGAGCAAACCUGCAUCCAUAUCCACGGAGAAGGAGGAAAUGCUGAAUGCUGCUAUCAGCCGGGUUGAUGCCUUGGAGCAAGAGCUUAUGGCUACUAAGAAGACCCUGGAGGACACCCUGGCCCGACAGGAUGAGCUCCUAGCCUACAUUGACAAAAAGAAGAAGAAGAAGAAACUGAACCCGUUCAGCUGGUAGAGGGGGAAAUGGGGGGAGAUGCUGAGACAUGCUGUGUGUAAUGAAUGUAUAAGUAAGUGGUGACAGGGUGACUUUUAGUUUCUCCCAAGGCCACCCAAAUGCACUCUGCCUUAAUGUUUUGCAUAUGGCAAAUGACGAAACCAAGGUUUUGGUCAAAUAUAAGUUUGCAAUUCAUUCACCCUCAAAAUCUAUGCCCUAUUAUACAUAUAACAACUUUUUAGGUUGGUGAUCCGACUCCAAUUCCCAAUUUUGUCUAUGCCCUUAUCAUUUGUUUGGAUCACAGUGAAACAGAAUGAAAUUAUUAUUUAUAAUUUAUAUAAGCACCAUAUAAUUUUCUAUUC